GAGAGCUUGAUCAUUCGUUAACAGAUUGGUGAAAGACAGAUUUUUAUGGGUUUCAUUUUAAAAUCGCAGCACCGAUGGUUAUAUAUUAACCAAUAUGAUUACAACAAUUUCUAUAAAAAAAGGCAACGACAUGCUUGAUGGGAUAUCUAUUGUGCCCUCUUCUGAUCUUCCCCAAACAACAUAUAGACGAAUCAAUCAAAGCUUUUAGUCAAGUUGAAGGAGAAAACUGAUCUCACUAUUGAAGCCACCGGCUGGUAUAUACAUCUUAGCCCGAACUAAAUUUUUCUAUCUUCUCGUAUUUCACUCCCUGGUUUACACAUAACAUAAGACAAUGAAGAGACCAUCGAUUGUAUGCAUCGUUUUCCUUAUCGUCAUCUCUAUCACCACUGUCUCGAGUUCACCAGACCAUGGAGAAGUUGAGGACGAAACGGAGUUUAGCUACGAGAAGGGAGGAGAGAAGGGGCCAGAGAAAUGGGGAACACUAAAGCCAGAAUGGAAAAUGUGUGGAAACGGCACGAUGCAGUCACCUAUUGAUCUUACGGACAAAAGAGUCUUCAUUGAUCAUAAUCUUGGACCGUUACGCGGCCAUUAUUUACCUUCUAAUGCCACCAUUAAGAACAGAGGCCAUGAUAUCAUGUUGGAAUUUGAAGGAGGGAAUGCAGGUAUAGGUAUAACUAUCAAUGGUACCGUAUAUCAGCUUCAACAGCUUCAUUGGCACUCUCCUUCCGAACACACCAUCAACGGCAAAAGGUUUGUUCUCGAGGAACACAUGGUUCAUCAGAGCAAAGAUGGACGCUUCGCCGUUGUGGCGUUCUUGUACAGCUUGGGACGACCUGACUCUUUUCUCCUUUCGUUGGAAAGACAAUUGAAGAGGAUAACUGAUGCACAUGAGUCCGAGGAUUUUGUCAGUUUGAUUGAUCCUAGAGCAGUCAAUUUCAAAACAAAAUUCUAUUACAGAUAUUUAGGAUCACUUACAACUCCUCCAUGUUCUGAAAACGUUACUUGGUCCAUUUCUAGAGAGAUGAGGACUGUGACAUUGGAACAGUUGAACUUGCUUCGCGUGUCUGUACACGAUCAAUCUAAUACGAAUGCUAGACCGCUUCAACGGCAAAACGGGCGUCCCGUGAAAUUUUACUUACCAGCAUGGCAUAUUUAAUUAAUCCGAAGUUGUUGUUCACUCAAUUUGAGCUUGGUUAAACCUAGUCUCAUGUUAAUCUCUUAGUUUUAUGUACUGAGAACCAAAUUAAAAGAGAACACUAAUUAAGAAGAAAUUGUUUUGAGUUCA